AUGCAGAAUGUUAGAAAGGGAGGCUGUGUAAAGGCAAUGCAACACAUCAAGAAAAAUAAUAGAGGAAGCCAAAGAAGGACUGGGCUGAAGGAGAAACCAGAUUGUCCAGUAGUCACGGCCCCUUUUAAUCCAUUUGAAUCUAUCUAUCGUCAGGAUUAUGGUUUUCCAAACCGUGUGAAAUUAGAAUCUUUCCGCAGGAGAGCUUGGUAUGAACAGAAAAGGAAUAUACCUCACCCUGAUGAAAUAUUCAUGUUGCAUCAUAUAAAUCGAAAAGAGAUCAAAAAGGUGCCUGACCCUAUAAUGUACUGGGACAGACGCCUAACUGAAAAGGAAAUAUGUGAAAUACUCGGAGGAGAUUUCAGCACUGAAUACCAGUGCAAGUUUUCAGCAGGGAAUAAACAGCAAGUACUAAAAUCUACUCUUCCUAGACCAGUUAAACCAGAGAAAAAAAUCCCUCAUCCACUCAUCACAGAAUUCCGUGAUCAAUAUCGAUCACCUUUCUUAAACAAGGACUUCUUAGUUGAUACUUCCCGUUAUGGUAGCAAUGCUACAAGAGGUAUUCCACCGAAAGGAAUAGUUCCAGCUGUGACAUACGCUCAUAUUAAAACUCAGGAGACCAGGAAAAACCCAACCACUUAUCAAGAGUACUAUGGGAAUGUCUAUGAAGGCCUUGCUUCAUUCCUUAGGUCUGUGGAUAUUGAAUCACUAGACAGAGAACUGCAAAAUUCAGAUCCAAAUGAGAGGAAAGCACUGAGAAGGUUUUUGAAAUGUGUGACCUCAAAUUGUGCACCUCAACCAAAGGAAUUAAAGAUCUGUUAA